CGUCGUACGGGGCAAGCGCCCGCUCGUUCGUCCGCUGAGACCCAGGAGUCCAGCGCUCCACAGCACCGCAUGGUGUUUAAAGACUUCACCAAGAUCUCCGCCGGCGCCGCCGCCGGCGUUUACGCCGAGAAGCAGGGCUACGUCGACACCGGCGUCGCGCAUUACUCCUCAUUCGCCGCGCAGAACGGCCUCCCCACCCCAGAGAUCGUCCUCUCCGCGGUCCCCGACACGAAGGAGGUCUCCGCCGCCGCGGGCUCCCUCCCCACCAUGGAGGAGUUCCAGGACCGCGUGGCGCAGGGUCUCGAGUACGCCCGCAAGCUCUUCCAAGAUUUCAUCCCGUCGGGGCUUCCCUCGGUGCCCUCCCUGCCCGGCGGCGACGUCGAGGCGCCCGCGCCGUCGCCCCCGGCUGCGAAGUCGGACUCCGCGUCCUCCGCGCUUCCCUACCUGGCUUUCCUCGCGGGCGCCGGCACGGGCGCGGCGGUGUACUACUACGGCCCGGACAGGUGCAAGGCGUACGUCGAGAAGUGCGUCGACAGGGUUCACGAACGGGUUCGCGAAUCCCUCGCCGCCGCCAAGGCGUGGGCCAAUCGGCUCCAUCUCGCGACGCGUGUGAACGAUUUAAUCGCCAACGUUUCGCCGGCGGUGGACGCGGCGAAGGCGACGGUGAAUGAGUUUUGCACCAAAACGUUCGUCCCGGCGGUGCGCACGGCGGCGGAGAGGUGCGCGGGGGAGGUCAAGGCUGUGACGGACAAGGUGGGUCCGACGGUGACGCUGGUAGUUGACAGGUGCACCGGGCACGUGGUGGCCAUCUCGGAGACUGUGAAGCCUCGGUUCGGGCAGCUGCAGGAGGCGGUCAAGCCGCACCUCAUCGCGGUGCAGGUGGCGGUGAAGGACCUCAUCGGCGCGCUGCUCGCGCUCGCGCCGAAACCCCCCGCCGGGGACAAGGCCAAGUGAUCCUUGGGGGCGAACUCUUCUCGGGGAAACGCUUGGCACCGAUGUGUGUGUGGAAAAAAAGAGACGGCGCCUGACCCGUGUACAAGUUCAGAGAUGGGGACGCGAGGCGCGUCCGCCGGGGGUGGAGGCGUGAACGAUCACCUGCAACAAGUUUCGUUUUACAUGGCGUGUAUGAUAUAUGUCAAGAUCGAUUUGAUCGCGGUU